AUGUCCUCCGAAACCGACAUAAGCAAAUUCGUCGACUACACGGACUCAACUGUGCCACGAAUCAAAACCGAUGCUCUGAUUACUCUCAUAAAUGAACGGGAUGCACUUCGUGAACAAGUCAAGGCAAAAGAAUUAUUUUUGGGAUCCUAUCGGGCACUAGUAUUACAACACGAGACAAGGAAGACUGCGCGUGAGAGAUCUGAUGAGAAAUUGGCGAGAUUGGAAGAGCUGCUCAUGAAAGAAGGGAUAGAUGGGGUGGAGAAGUUGAGUGAUCGGGUGGGAGAGUUGAAAAACACGAUUGUAAGGCAGAGAAAUAGGGUGGAGUUGGCCGAGAGAAUGUUGAGGGCGAUUGCUAGAGUGAUAGGGAUGCGGUCAUGA